AUGAGUUGCGAAGAUGAAAGCACCAAAUUGUUAAGGAUGAAGUUCCUUAACUCGGAUAAUUCGCGUCGAACGUCGCGGGAGCUGUUGCCCGACGAUCAAUCCGGCGUCAAAUUUAGGGAUAAACGAUGUGAAUCGCGGCCUCCUCUCACUUGGCAACAGAGAAGAAACAUAGCACUUGGUGCUGCAAGGGGUCUAGCUUAUUUGCAUGAUAAAUGUGAAGAGACAUUUGUUCAUUGCGAUGUCAAAGCUGCAAAUAUAUUGUUAGAUGACAACUUCGAAGCAGUUGUUGCUAACUUCAAAUCAGCCAAGAUCAUGGACCACAACCAGACUCAUAUUAUCACUACCGUGACUGGAACAAUUGGUCAUAUAGCCUCUGAGUACCUUGCCAGUGGUAAGUGUUCAGAUAAAACUGAUGUGUUCAGUUAUGGAGCGUUUCUUCUUGAGCUCAUCACCGGACGAAGAAUUGUUGAUCUUAUUCACGUAACCGAUGAGAAUGACAGGAUGUGCGUUGAUUGGGUAAAAAUGAAUCAUGAGGAGAGGAGAUGGGAAUCAAUGGCUGACGAUGAAGGUGGUGAUGAUGAUGAGAUGGAGGCAGUGGUGAAGAGGGGUUGA